GUCUGUUUCUUGCUUAUAGAUAUGUUGUACUUUAAGAAGACGUAGUUCGGUCUAAUCCUGAGUUGUAAAUGGUGGAUGGCCUGUCAUCGUUGUCGCGUUAACAUCAGGUAAAAAUGUAUAAGGCAAGGACCCUAUUUAGUACGUUGGCCCCUUUAGCGCCACGAAUGUGCAGGCCUGAAAGGUUUGCAUCAUGGUUGGUUCGAAGCCAUCCUCUGACAAGGACCACACAGGUGAUAGUUAUCGAACCAAUUAGAAAGUAUAGCAAGGUAGCCACAGAACCUUUUCUCAAUGGCAGUUCCAGCACUUAUGUAGAAGAAAUGUAUAAUGCAUGGCUACAAGAUCCUCAUAGUGUACAUGUGUCUUGGGACUCAUUUUUUCGCAGUAGUACUGCUGGAGCUGCACCAGGUCUUGCAUAUCAGGCGCCUCCUUCUCUUGCUCCAAGUCAUAACCAAGUUCCAUUAGGAGCAUUAUUACCACUUGGUGGUGGUACACAAUUGAGCCAAAUACCUGUUAAUGAAAAGAUUAUUGAUGACCAUCUGGCUGUUCAAGCUAUUAUUCGUUCUUAUCAGAUUCGUGGCCAUCAUAUCGCUAAAUUGGAUCCACUUGGCAUCAACAGCGCUGAUCUUGAUGAUAGACACCCACAAGAAUUGCUCUAUAAUCAUUACUCAUUCGGGAACAGAGCACAUACUACUACUUACUCACAGGAACUACAGUACAGAAUAGCUACACUUAUGAAAAAGGAAUCCGAUAUGGAUCGUAUUUUCAAGUUGCCAUCCACCACUUUUAUUGGUGGCAAAGAAAAAUCAUUGCCCCUUCGUGAAAUCUUAAAAAGACUAGAAGCUGCUUACUGCGGCCACAUCGGUGUGGAAUUCAUGUUUAUCAAUUCUCUGGAACAAUGCAAUUGGAUUCGACAAAAAAUGGAGACUCCUGGUAUUAUGGAAAUGACGAAUGAUGAAAGAAGACUUAUUUUGGCUAGAUUAACUCGUGCAACUGGAUUUGAAGCAUUCCUUGCACGCAAGUGGUCAUCUGAGAAGAGAUUUGGAUUGGAAGGAUGUGAAAUUCUGAUUCCUGCUAUGAAGCAGGUAAUUGAUAAAUCAACUGAGUUAGGAGUUGAAUCCAUUGUCAUGGGUAUGCCUCAUCGUGGCCGUUUAAAUGUCCUUGCUAACGUUUGUCGUAAACCCUUGAGUCAAAUAUUCACUCAAUUUGCGGCUCUAGAAGCAGCUGAUGAUGGUUCUGGUGAUGUUAAAUAUCAUUUGGGAACAUACAUUGAGCGUUUGAAUCGAGUAACAAACAAAAACAUUCGUUUAGCUGUUGUGGCAAAUCCAUCUCAUUUAGAAGCUGUCGAUCCAGUAGUACAAGGAAAGACUCGUGCAGAACAAUUUUAUCGCGGUGAUGGCGAAGGCAAGAAGGUCAUGUCUAUUCUUCUGCACGGCGAUGCUGCAUUCUGUGGGCAGGGUAUUGUUUUUGAAACAAUGCACUUGUCAGACUUACCAGAUUAUACAACUCAUGGUACUAUUCAUAUUGUGGUGAAUAAUCAAAUUGGAUUUACUACAGAUCCAAGACAUUCACGAUCCUCUCCAUAUUGUACUGAUGUUGCAAGAGUAGUGAAUGCACCCAUUUUCCAUGUAAAUUCGGAUGAUCCUGAGGCAGUAAUGCAUGUUUGUAAAGUUGCUGCAGAAUGGAGAGCAACUUUCCAUAAAGAUGUUGUUAUUGAUAUUGUAUCAUAUAGACGAAAUGGUCACAAUGAGAUUGAUGAACCUAUGUUUACACAGCCUUUGAUGUAUCGAAAAAUUAGAAAUACUCCACCAGUUUUAGACAUAUAUGCCAAAAGUCUUAUUGAUGAUAGUGUUGUUUCUGCUGAAGAAGUUAAGGAUGUUAAAGAUAAAUAUGAGAAAAUUUGUGAAGAAGCAUAUGUCAAUGCUAGACAAGAAACACAUAUUAAGUACAAAGAUUGGUUGGAUUCUCCAUGGUCCGGUUUCUUUGAAGGAAAAGACCCUUUAAAAGUAUCUCCUACCGGUAUUAAAGAAGACACACUCAUUCAUAUUGGAAAAAAAUUCUCUUCACCACCACCCAACGCAGCUGAAUUUGUGGUUCAUAAAGGUAUCGAGCGUAUUUUAAAAUCUCGUAUGGAAAUGAUAGAAGCGCGAACAGUUGAUUGGGCUCUUGGAGAAGCUAUGGCCUUUGGUUCUUUACUUAAAGAGGGUAUUCAUGUUAGAUUAUCAGGUCAAGAUGUAGAAAGAGGAACUUUUUCACACAGACAUCAUGUUCUCCAUCAUCAAACUGUGGAUAAAGCUACUUACAGACCACUGUGUUAUCUUUACCCAGAUCAAGCUCCAUAUACUGUAUGCAAUAGUUCUUUAUCAGAGUUUGGUGUACUUGGAUUUGAAUUAGGUUAUUCUAUGACUAAUCCUAAUGCACUAGUGUGCUGGGAAGCACAAUUUGGUGAUUUCAAUAACACGGCACAGUGCAUAAUUGAUCAAUUUAUCAGCAGUGGUCAAGCUAAAUGGGUACGUCAAUCUGGUCUUGUAAUGUUACAACCUCAUGGGCUUGAGGGAAUGGGACCUGAACACUCCAGUGCCCGCUUGGAACGUUUCCUACAAAUGUCUGCUGAUGAUCCAGAUUAUUUCCCUCCUGAAAGCGAAGAAUUUGCUGUGCGUCAGUUACACGAUAGCAAUUGGAUUGUAGCCAAUUGCAGUACACCAGCAAAUUAUUUCCAUAUUCUAAGAAGACAGAUUGCAUUGCCAUUUAGGAAACCUUUGAUUUUAAUGACACCAAAAUCAUUGCUUCGUCAUCCAGAAGCAAAGUCUAGUUUCGAUUUGAUGCUGGAAAAUACAGAAUUUCUUAGAGUGAUACCAGAAGAAGGUGUAGCUUCUCAAAAUCCCAGUAAUGUUAAAAGGAUAAUUUUCUGUUCUGGUAAAGUUUAUUACGAUUUAAAGAAAGCACGCGCGGAGAAGGAAUUGGACGAUAAAGUCGCCAUUGUGAGAGUCGAACAGAUUUCACCUUUCCCAUACGAUUUAGUUAAGAAAGAAGCCGAUAAAUAUGCUAAUGCAGAAUUAAUAUGGGCUCAAGAAGAACACAAAAAUCAGGGUGCAUGGACAUACAUUCAACCUAGAUUUCAUACAGCUUUGAAUGGAGCUCGUUCUGUAUCCAGCGGAAGUACGUCAUACGACAGUAGGGGUAGCGGAGGGUGGUUUAGUGGUUGGUUCUCAUCAACUAAACCAACGAAUGUGUCCGAGUCGCUGUCAAUAGAAUCUAAUAAACCCAAACAGAGAACAUUAAGGUACGUUGGUCGCCCGACAGGUGCUUCACCCGCAACAGGAAGCAAAAUGCAGCACCUCAAAGAACUAAAACAAUUACUUGAUGACUCCUUCGACGUUUAAUUAUCCUUCGUAGCACUAUGUAGAACACAUUUUAUUUAUUUUCUCUUAUUAUAUUUGUUAUGUUCCCUUUGCCCUGCUCUAUAUACAUCCUAAGAGGAGAUUAACAUAAUUUGAAAUAGUUUCUUCAUUACUGAUUUAUUUAGAUGAAUUAACGUACACGCACGAAUACUUUCUUGAUCGUGAUAAACCUAGUUAAAAACCUUUAUCUAGAUUCAAGACAUCGACUUUCUUUUUAUUUGAUUCCUAUUUUACGAUGCUGUGGUCCAAUCGUAAAAAUUUUGAAACAUUUCUUUGGUUUCAUUAAAAGAAUAAUUGAUUAAAAUAUGAACUUCACGAGAAAUUUAAUCUAAUACAAACAUAUACGCAAUGAGUAAGCCAUGUAAAUAUAUGCAUUUCAUUCUUAUUUAAUGCUUGAAUGCGAUCCUGUAUAUUUUUUCUUUUUAAUAGGUGACAUAUAUUUAUGCUAGUAUGUGAGUUGAGUGUUGAACCCGGUGUAUGAUUGAGUUAGCAGAAACAUUUUAUUUUAUUAUGUAAAUAUAUCACAAGAACAAAAAUUACAUUAGCAAGAAACCUAACAUGACUUACUCAUUGUCUAAAUCUGUCGUUACAAUAAUCGAAAAUAUUCGUGCGUUGACGUUUGUAUUUUAUUCGUUUGUUAAUACAUAACUUUAUGAAACGGAUAAGAUUAAGAAAAAAGUAUUAUUUUUAAUUUAUACAACAGUUUACGCAGAGUGUAAAUAAUCGAUUGUUACGACUGUGGAGACUUAAAUGAAACUUUUCGGAGUUUGAUAAUGUUUAUUUACGGCAAUUUUUUUAUUCAUUUAUUUAUGCCGUAGCGAAAGACAGCCAAUUGAUUUAAUUCUUUAUCGUUGCUUUAUUUUUAUAAAGAAUUAAAUAAUUGGUAGGUUGGUAGAAAUAUAUAAAGGGAUAUGUCGUAGCAUUAGACUCGAUUACGUAAUGUAUUGCGAAAAUGUAGAUUAUGUGAACUUAAUAGGAAAGAAAAAAUGUUUACGAGAUCGAGUCGUAAUGUUACUCUUCAAAAAGUUCCAAAGACUUCUCUAAAAAGGUGGGAAUAGAAGACAAUUCGCUAAUGCUAGUUGGAAUAUUUAAAAAAAAUUAUUUUAUUAUUAUUUUAUCUUAGCCAAUGAUAUACCUUGGUUGCUCCAUAGUCUGCGAAGGCACAGUAUUUAUAUUCUACAUGUGAAUCAUUUGAAGAAUGAGUUUUAUGAAUGGAAUAUCUGUUGUACCAUGUCACUGAUUGGAAAGUAUUGUAUCAAAUUUAAGUUAUACGUAACAAUAGUACACGAUAUUUUGUAAUCCGCUAGAAUACGAUAGAUGGAAUGUGGUCCUAAAUAAAUUGCGGUACUGUUAUUCCACUCAUCAUUUCUUGUUAUUACAUGCAUAAUAACGACGAUAUAUACAUGUAUGCUCUGAUAUUAAAGUUUAAUAGGUCAAAGUUACGAAUGAGAAUAAACUGAAGUUUACUUACAUUAGUACACAUAUGUCGGUAUAUCGUGGUAAAUAUUGUAGCAUCUUAUGAAAUUAAAUUAUAUUAGCCAUUA